AUGCCUCAUCAUCUUAAUCAUCCAUUCAUGGAUGCAGCAUUAGUUGGUGCUGUUGGUUUAGGUGCUUAUGAAUUAUGGCAUCACCAUCAUUAUGGUACCUGGGGCUUUGGAAAUCCAAAUAAACAUCAAGGAGGUGGUGGUCAAGGCGGAUAUGGUAGCCAUGCAUCUGUUAAAAUCAGUGAUAUUUCUUCUAAAGUUUUAUUAUAA